AUGUUAUGUCGCCUGCCUCUAUUAUCAACUUUUCAUUUGUCGUCUCUUCUUUUCUUCUUCGUACUCACUUUCUUCUUUUUCUUCUUCUACUUCUUCUUCUUCUUCUUUUUCUGUAGCCUUCGGUCUUUCUUUUUCGAUUUCUACAUUCGUAGAAUUUGUUAUUACUUUUCAUUUGUAGCUUUUUUCUUCUCGCUACUCUCUUUCACCUUCUUUUUCUUCUUCUUUUUUCUUUUUUCUUCUUUGGUAGACUUUUCUCUUUCUUUUUCGUCGCCUUCUUUUAUAAACUUUUCUUAUUCUUUCUCAUGUGUAGCCUAUUACUACUACUUCUUUUCUUUAAGUUUAUUCUCCUUUAUUCUUAUCUUCUUCUUAUUCGUUCGUCUUCAUCCUCUUUGUCCCCUACUUCUUCUCUUUUGUUCUUUUUCUUCGUUUGUAGCCUUUUCUUUCCGUCUCUUUCUUUUGUACAUAUUUUUCUUCAUCUGGAACCUCUUCUUUAAACUCUUUCUAUUCUUACUACUACUACAACUACUACUACUACUACUAACUUUUUCAUCCUUUUUCUUUUCAUUUAUACCUUUUUACUUUUUCUCGCAUUUCCCUUUUUCAGUUUUCUUUUUCUUUCAUUCCAUCACGCUUUUCUCCCCUCUCUCUCUUUUACUUGAAAUUUCUUUCUUUGUUUCUUUCUUUCCUAGUAUCUUUUGUAAACCCUUUUCCCCGACCUCCCACAUUAUUCGGUUUCUUUUACGACGUCUUUCUCCCCCACAUACGGUGCUUCCUUUUUAUAUUCCUUACUUUUUUCUUCUUUGA